CCUUUAUCCAAGAAAAAAAGGGGAAUCGAAAGCAGUGGUAUAAAAAGAGGGUUCAAAAUGGGGAUGAGUGGGGAUGGAGACGAAGUAAUAAUAAUUUUGCGACCAUCAUUAUUUAUCAUCGUCACGAUUCUCAAGUUGGCAACCCUAAACCUUCAAACUAGACACGAAAGGAAGCAAAUGCAAAUCUCACUAUCUACUAUACUCGCCAUCUUCUCCAUCACACUAGUAAUUCUCACUUCACCAUCCACCUCUCUCUACUAUUCUCCUUCACCUCCGGCGGCGCCGUUUAACUCUUCUUCCCAUUCUUCUCAGUCUUCUCCUCCUUAUGCUGAAUGGCUGUCCGCACACGCCACCUACUACACCCCCGCCAAUUCCACCGACGCGCUUGGAGGCGCCUGCGGCUACUCUGACGGCACUGGUGCGGCGGCCGCGGCGAUCCUCAGCCACGCGGUGUUUGAGCAGGGACAGAUCUGUGGUGCGUGCUUCGAGCUGCGGUGUGCCGAGGAGGAUUCUCCGUUCGACCGUCGGUGGUGCAUCCCCGGAAGGUCGGUGAUGGUAACGGCGACGGACUUCUGUGCACCUAAUUACGGGGUCGACGCCGACGAGGAGAGUGGCGGCGGGAGGUGCAACCCUCCGAAGCAGCACUUCGUGGUCCCCGUUGACACCUUCGAGAAGAUCGCGAUCUGGAAGCAAGGGAACCUGCCGGUUCAGUAUCGGAGGAUAAAGUGCAGAAGGGAAGGAGGAAUCCGAUUCACGAUCACUGGUUCUGGGAUCUUCAUUUCUGUGCUGAUCAGCAAUGUGGCUGGGACAGGAGACAUUGUUGCCGUGAAGGUUAAGGGUUCAAGAACUGGCUGGCUUCCUAUGGGGAGGAACUGGGGCCAAAACUGGCAUGUAAGCGCCUUACUACAGAACCAACCUCUUUCUUUCGAGGUUACUUCCAGUGAUGGUGUCACACUUACAUCUUACAAUGUUGCUCCCAAACAUUGGACCUUUGGACAAACCUUUGAAGGCAAGCAAUUUGAGUCUUAAACAACAAAACUUGUUUCAAGGAUGCAAAGUGCAUUCAUGGGAAGCUGUCUGUCAAAGGGGAUGACAAAAUAAUUGGUUUCACAUUAGAGAAAUCAACUUGGCAUAAAACUUUUUAUAAAACGUUAGACUCUCUCAAGUCUCAACCAAAUUUCAGAGUAUGGUGCCCUCAAGGAGUUAUGCUUGCUAGUUACCAAGUACCAAUAUAUUAGUCCAAGUGGAGAACAAAUUGAAAUUAAGAAUCAUCAUCCUCAAGAAAUGAGAUAUUAAACAUUGUCGUAGGAUGGACCCUCCUGUUGUAACUUGUAAGUGUCAUAUGAAUAUAUAAUGAGUCUCAAUUUUAUGUCUACCAAUUUUGUAAGUACGAUUGUAUAAAUAUCAGUGCUUCAAUAAAAGUAUUCCCUUA